AUGAACCAUCGAGAGCAACGUCAUGCUUAUUCGCGUUAUUCCUUUGAUGUCGUGAAUGUUCCGUCCGUUUCAUAAGCGCGUUAUUAGUAUAUAUUCACGUCAAAUCCUAAUGACUAGUCAUUUACGUAUAUUGCUGUUGAUCAAGCGUUUGUUUCACUUGUUUAACUAGAAAGCAAGGAAAAUUUUUUGAAAAUAUAUAAGAAUUAUCCUAAGUGAUAUUCACCAUACUGUGAUAAAAGGUAAAAGUGAGAUGUUGAUGUUGAACAUUCAAGAGAUAUUCAAAAAGUUCAGUUUAACGUGAUUGUAGAAUCUCACAAUAAAAAAUGGAGUUUCCAAAUUUAGGAGAACAUUGCUCAGAAAAUAGUUGCAACCGAUUGGACUUUCUGCCAUUAAAAUGUGAUGCAUGCUCUGCAAUUUUUUGUACUGAACACAUAUCAUAUAACCACCACAGUUGUCCGAGUGCUUAUAAGAAAGAUGUUCAAGUCCCGGUGUGUCCACUUUGUAAUACACCGGUACCAACAAAACGCGGUGAUCCUCCAGACAUUGCAGUUGGUCAACAUAUGGACAAUGAAUGCCAGUCGGAUUUAAGGAACCCAAGCAGAAAAAUUUUCUCUAAUAGAUGUUCAGCAAAAGGCUGUAAAAUUAAAGAAAUAGUACAAGUACGUUGUUCUGAUUGUGGUGAGAAUUUCUGUUUAAAACAUAGACACCCAACGGACCAUGCAUGUAUAGGCCAGGAAGAGGCUACCAGAAGGAGAAGAUUGGACAAUUUAGAAAAUAAUGUGAAUGUGAAUAGGAGAAAUGGUGAAAUAAUGAAGAACUAUCAAGGUAGUAUGAGCGAGGAUGAAGCUUUAGCAAGAGCUCUUCAGGCUUCCAUGCUAGAUGAAGAUGUGGCUAAACGGCGUACACUGGAAGUUGUAUCAUCUGGAAAUAGAGACAGAUGUAGACUGUCUUAAAAUCUUUUUAUUCCAUAUAAUCUUUCUGAACGCUUAAGGUACAUUUUUUAAUCGCACAAAUCUAGAGAACAUUACUUCCCCUUUUAAGACUUCAAAUUUUGCUUACGAUAAGCUGGGUGAAAAAUGUUUAAUGAUGGCAGGAAUAAGAAUCAGCAUUUUAAAAAUUGACAAAUCAAUAUGUACCUUCAGCUUUCUCUUUUACAAUUUUAAGGAGGUGCUCUUUGAAACUUCAUAGUCUAUUUGUAAAAAUACCUUAAAAUCUACUUAAUGGUAAACUCAUUUCAGUAGGCUAUAUAUUAAAUAUUAGUAAACGAUAAACACCUUUUACUUCUCACAUAAAUAUUAUGGCUUAUCAAAUGAUACAACAAUUUUCUUACUUAAAUAAAACUUAUUACCUUUGAUAGAAACUAUAAGCAAUCUUGAAUGUACAAAGACGAACGUAGAUACUUCUAUUUCAAGUAUUUGAUUAUUUAAUAUAUCAUUAAUCAUUGAAAAUAUAUUUAUUUAUGAGAUUUUAAAAAUCUGUGUAAAGCAAUCAUAUAAUAGAUAAUUUCCUUUGUCGUGUUAUGAAACUUUAUAAGUUUUGUCUCUUCGUGAAAUAUGUAUAAAAUAUUUUUUAUUCGUCAUUUGCGUUAUCAAUGUUUCCUUUAUCGAAACAACAAUAGUCUUCUAAUAAAGUUAUUCUAUCUACACAAAAGUUAAUCACGAUCACACACUUUUUGCGUAAAAGAUAUAGCUCUAAAUUGUUUGCAAAAUUUUACAUAUUGUAAAAAGACUAUUAAUCUCUUUGCAACUUUCAAAACGAAUUAUCAACUACCUUCGAAAUUCGCGUAAAAACUUUAAAUGGUAUCAAAAGGGCAACCUCGAUAAAGAGUGCCUUAGUAGAUAAGUAGAGCUUAGUGUUUAUUAAAAUGUAUAUUCAAUUCAUUAUAUAGUGAUUAAGGCGUAUCAAUAUAACAUGUACAACAAAGAAAAUGAGAUUCACAAUCUCUGGAAUCUCUCGAGUCUAAGAUAAUAUUUCAUUUUAUUUUUGGUUUCGUGAAAAGGGCGGUCAUUCCACUGCAAACAAGAAUAGUCUAUACAAUUAUUCUUAAUUUUUUCUAUUUUUAAUGUAUAAUUGAAAUGUUUUAUCUUCUGAUACUCGCACUUUAAAACUCGAGAAAACCUAUUUGUAAGCAAUUCUGUGAACAUUUUUAGCACAAGCAGAGAGUGGAAUUAGGGUGGAAAAUUCUACUUUAUAAAAUCUUUUAUUAUUUUUUGCGGUCGUUAUAUUGCACCAGGACUGGAUUAAUUGUCAAACAGUACUUAUUGCAGUCCACCAGAGAUGUGAUUCGCCAAUGAAGUCAACUUUGGAUGCAUUCCAUUUUUUUCAAAGACGACUGAAUGAAUCAUAUAAAAUAUUAGCUACAUUUAUAGAAUGAUUGUGAUUUUUCUUAUGAAAAAUGUAAUUAUACCGCAGU